GCUAAGAAGACCCAAAUGAACAUUCAGAACAAAGAGAUGCCGUUGGAGAAAACCUUGUGGCAUGGCACUUCUGCAGACACUGUAGAUGACAUUAACAACUACGGCUUCAACCGCAGCUUUUGUGGGAAAAAUGCUACCAAUUACGGACAGGGUGUAUAUUUCGCCGUCAGGUCCUGUUACUCCAUGCACGACACCUACUCCACUCAAGGCUUUGAGGGCAGAAAACACAUGUACCAGUGCAAGGUGCUGGUGGGGCACUCCACACAGGGAAGUCCGAGCAUGAAAGUAUUGCCGAAGCGAGAUGGAAAAGUCAGAUUUGACUCUGCUACAGACGGAGUAUUAAAUCCGGAGAUGUACAUCAUCUUCAGCGACACCCAGGCCUACCCAGAGUACCUGGUCACCUUUCAGUGGUAGUCUGUGUCAGACCAGCUCAGACCUCAUAGAAUGGGAUAAUGUAGCAAUUUUUCACACCCCUAAACUUCAUAGGCCAAGGGCUAGGUUAAAAUACAUGUUUUGUUUAUCUGUUAUCAUUGUAAAUACAAAACUGUCGUUGUCUAAGCUGCGUGGGAGGGAGAGAUGAGAUACCAUCAAGAAGUGAAUUUGACUCGUUAUCAAAUGGAAUCUCACAGGUAGACAUUAUAACACCAGUUGAUUAUUUACAGUUUCAUCAGUAGCUUUGCACCCUCUGCUUUUUUUCGCUGGCAGUCAGUGCAUUCCAAAACUGAAAUGACUGGGCUGGUCCUUCAACAUUCCAUAUCAUAGUUCUGAGGUCAGACUAGAGAAAACUGCCAGCAGGCUGGAGUCAAGACAAACCUACAGCAUUAAACGGGAUUCAAGACUUCAGUUAAUACAACUGUAUGUGAAUAGAUCAUUAUAUUAAAAUUUAGUAUUUUUUUAACCACAGUGUUUCCUCAGCUUUACCAUUUGUUUGUCCGCCGCUGCUUCUGUGCCUUUAAAAAAAAAGAAGAAUUAAUGAGGCUUCUACUAUGUCACGUGAUCGGUCUUCCACGUCCGAUAGACAUUCACUGAUGUCUGAUAUAGUGCGAGACAUUGCACAUCGUGACCUGGAGAGUAUAUACAGAGAAAAUAUUUUCUUCUUAUCUUAAUUUUCACAUUAAUUCAAAUAUGUACAUGAAUCGCUUUAAGUAUAGUAUUUUAUAAGCAGGGGGAGGGAAUCUUGUAUUCCCUCUGCUGUUCCCCACCCCUCGAUUUUGUGCUAGUGAUGGACUGCUUUUACAACUCUGGAAACCGUAUACUUUUUACUGAUAUUUUUCAUUAAAUUUUCUGUUUGGUUGA